AUUGUGAAUGUUUAUUGCUCAACCCUGCUUUCUUCAUUGCAGAUACCAGAGAAUCAGGCAGGUGGAAACAUGUCUGGAAAACCCAGGCUGCACUACUUCAAUGGACGUGGCCGCAUGGAACCAAUUCGGUGGCUCCUGGCAGCAGCUGGGGUUGAGUUUGAAGAAUCUUACCUGGAAAAAAAGGAGGAUCUGACAAAGAUACAGAAGGAUGGAUCCCUGCUCUUUCAGCAAGUGCCAAUGGUAGAGAUCGAUGGGAUGAAGCUGGUGCAGACCAGAGCCAUUGCCAACUACAUAUCAACCAAGUACAACCUCUACGGGAAGGACGUGAAGGAGAGAGCCCUAAUUGAUAUGUACGUGGAAGGAAUGUUCGAUCUGAAUGAGUUGCUCCUCAUGUAUGUUAUCCAACCAGCAGAAAAAAAGCAGGAAUAUUUUGCAAAUAUGAUGGACAAGGCUGAAAACAGAUACUUCCCAGUAUUUGAGAAGGUUUUGAAAGACCAUGGAAAAGACUUUCUGGUUGGCAACCAGCUGAGCAGGGCAGAUGUUCAAUUGCUUGAAGUCAUUUUGAUGGCAGAGGAGUACAAACCUGAUAUACUUGCCAAAUUUCCUCUCUUGCAGAGUUUCAAAGCAAGAAUAAGCAAUAUCCCCACAAUAAAGAAAUUCCUGCAGCCUGGCAGCCAGAGGAAACCACGAACAACAGAGGAAGAUGUCGCCAGAGCAAUGAAAAUAUUCCGCUCAUGAGCAGCUGUCUGAACCUAUACAAGCUGUAUGGGUAUUUCAUUGUAUUUGCUGAUACUGGCAAAAUGAAAUUAAUGAAAUUAGUGAAAAAAAAAAGAAGUUUAAUCUCUCUUUCCUUAGCUACAGGACUGAUUUUAGCCUACUGCAGACACUUCAAUGUAAAGCUACAUCAAUGUACCAGCCAAGGAAACAGUUUGCUAAAUAUGGGAUAUAUUGGACAACACUGGGUGCCUUAAAUGGGUAAAGACAAUACCUGAAAUAAAUUCUUACUAUUGAUACUCAAAA